AUGCUUGAGACACAGAAGCUUGAGACACAGAGGCUUGAGACACAGAAGCUUGAGACACAGAAGCUUAAGAAAAAAAUGCUUGUGACACAGAAGCUUGAGACACAGAGGCUUGAGACACAGAAGCUUGAGACACAGAAGCUUAAGACACAGAAGCUUAAGACACAGAAGCUUGAGACACAGAAGCUUGAGACACAGAAGCUUGAGACAAAGAAGCUUGAGACAAAGAAGCUUGAGACACAGAAGCUUGAGACACAGAAAAGCUUGAAACACAAGCUUAAGACACAGAAGCUUGAGACACAGAAGCUUGAGACAAAGAAGCUUGAGACACAGAAGCUUGAGACACAGAAGCUUAAGACACAGAAGCUUGAGACACAGAAGCUUGAGACACAGAAGCUUGAGACACAGAAGCUUGAGACAAAGAAGCUUGAGACACAGAAGCUUGAGACACAGAAGCUUGAGACACAGAAGCUUGAGACACAGAAACUUGAGGCACAGAAGCCUGAGACACACAAGCUUAAGACACACAAGCUUAAGACACACAAGCUUGAGACAAAGAAGCUUGAGACACAGAAGCUUGAGACACAGAAGCUUGAGACACAGAAGCUUGAGACACAGAAGCUUGAGACACAGAAACUUGAGACACAGAAGCUUGAGACAAAGAAGCUUGAGACACAGAAGCUUGUGACACAGAAGCUUGAAACACAGAAGCUUGAGACACAGAAGCUUGAGACCCAGAAGAUUGAGACACAGAAGCUUGAGACACAGAAGCUUGAGACACAGAAGCUUGAGACACAGAAGCUUAAGACACAGAAGCUUGAGACACAGAAGCUUGAGAUACAGAGGCUUGAGAUACAGAAACUUAAGACACAGAAGCUUAAGACACAGAAGAUUAAGACACAGAAGCUUGAGAUACAGAAGCUUGAGACACAGAAGCUUGAGACACAGAAGCUUAAGACAAAGAAGCUUGAGACACAGAAGCUUAAGACACAGAAGCUUAAGACAAAGAAGCUUGAGACACAGAAGCUUAAGACAAAGAAGCUUGAGACACAGAAGCUCAAGACACAGAAGCUUAAGACAAAGAAGCUUGAGACACAGAAGCUAGGAAUUCGUACCAGGAGAAAGCUUAAUGACGACAGUGAUUUAUUAGAGAAGCUGGUCCUUCUUAAUUAA